GUUCAUUCUUAGAUAGGUCGACUUAGAGGAAUGGCUCUGCUAAGACUGGGCAUAUGCGUCGUUGGCGUAUACUCAAUGUUUCUCUUAUGGGCCAUAGCCCAAGAACGACUAUCAGUUCCGUUCGCCAACGUAGACGGGACUAAAUCAGAGAAAUUCCGUUCCGCGCUAGUGAUGAGCAUCUGCCAAAGCGCGUUCAGCGUCGUCUCAUCUUUCAUUUACAUCCUCCUGCGACGAAAACCUGGAGAAUCCUUAAGCGUUGCGAUUGGUCUCGAACCAACGCUCGUCAAAUCCAAGUCCGUAGCACCUUACAAGUCCUCAAAGUCCCGACCAAACGGAAACGGAUCCGCGAAUGGGACUAGCAACGGAAACGCACAUCCCUCCACCAAUCCUUCACCCGUCUCAACAUCUAUUAUCCGCCGAGCUCUCCUAGUCCGAUACCUCCAGUGCGCACUCCUCAUAACCGCCGCCGGACCCUUCGGCUUCGCCGCCCUCGCACACAUCUCCUACCCCGCAAUGGUCCUCGGCAAAUCCUGCAAACUCGUCCCCGUCAUGCUAAUGAACGUCCUCCUCUACCGCCGUCGUUUCGCUCCUCAUAAAUACCUCGUCGUCGCACUCGUCACUCUCGGUAUCACCAUGUUCAUGUAUUUCGGCGGUGAUCACUCAUCCAAGAAGCAUUCUGGUAAUGAAUUGGUGGAGAAAGGCUCAAGUCUAAUAGGCCUAACCUACCUCCUUAUCAACCUCGCCAUCGAUGGGGCUACCAACUCCACCCAAGACGAGAUCUUCGACAAAUACACCGUCACAGGCCAACAAAUGAUGUUCUGGAUCAACAUCAUGUCUUUCCUCGUCACAACCAUCCUCGCACUCCUUCCAUUACCUUACAUACCCGUCUUACACCCCUCCGCAGGAUGGAGCUCCGAACUCUCAAACGUCCUCCAGUUCAUGCGCGAACACCCAGGUGUCGCUUGGCCACUUUUGCAAUUCGCGUUUACUGGAUCACUGGGUCAACUUUUCAUAUUUGAGACGUUGCAGCAUUUUGGAAGCUUGACUCUUGUGACAAUAACCCUAACCCGAAAACUCUUCACGAUGAUCCUCUCCGUCAUAAUCUACAACCACAAACUCACACGCGGACAAUGGUCCGGCGCAGCAGUCGUCUUCGCCGGUAUCUCAGUCGAAGCAUGGAUCAAACGUCGAGAUGUACAUGCAAAGCGAGUGAUGCAGGAAAAGGAAAAAGCAGAGCUCAAGACUCUAUGA